AAUAUCGUUUGUAAUAAUUUAAAAUGCAAUCAUAGUUAAAGUGGAUUCCAUGACUAAACGACUACACAAUUAAUUAUUUCCUUAUCUAAUUCACCCCAAGAGUGAUAUAUAUCGAUCGAAGAACGUCAUGGUUACCUCACAAGUAACAAAUAACUCUUUCAGCUUUGUCUUUAUGGUUGACACAGUAUUUCCUCGUAGUUUCGAACUUAAACUCUUGGAGUGUAAGACAACGACUUUCUGUCAAUUUAUACUUGUUAUGAAGAAACAGAUUUGAUUACACUUAAAAGCAACAAUUACACCUGCAUUAAUAUAGUGUAUAAUGUGUAGUAAUACAGUGAUUAAUAAUGUUUAGGUUAUAGCUUACAACACUGUGAUUCUAUGAUGAAUUUUUGCUAGCCAUGUUUAGUUCAAAAAUCCAAAGGCAUGCCAACGACAAAAUGUGGAAAAGAUGGUGGCUGUUCCACGCCACGGACUUCCAAUCUUUAAUGUAUCCCUGUUUCACAAUUUGCCGCUUCCUUGGAAUAUUUCCAUACAAUAUCAACGCUUCAACUUUUGAGGCUUCAAAACUACAUUACGUUCUGUCGGCCGUAAUUAUCUGUGUCUGCUGUGCUUUAUAUCUGACAAUUAUUCAUGGAAUUGCCAUUUCUAAAAUAAUCAACUUUGGAGAUGUAACCAGAAAUUUUGGAGCCUUAAGUUUCUAUACGUUUAGUGGUGUUAUUGUAAUUAUCACGCAUAUUUUGAGCAGUCCACGAAUGCAUUUGCUACAGACUAUUUUAGAAAUUUCUUCAAAACUACCUAAAGAAUCCUAUCAAAAGUUAUCCAGAUUGAUUCAUGUCAAGGAUGUGUUUGGUACCAUCUUGAUAGUUGUGCAACUGUGCAUAUAUUUUUCUAAAACAGAGAUGUUUGAAUUGACUUGUUCAAAAGUCUUGAUCCUACUAUUCACAAUGUACUUGGAAAUGCUGAUAUUUCAAAUGAAUAUGUUGUACAUAAAUUGUGUUUGGGUAUUAAAGACUUGUUUCAAGAGAAUCAAUGACAAUCUGAUACAUGUGCAAAGACUCGUGGUAAACAAUAUGAAGCUAAGUGUCCACAGGUCAAUUCAGCAGAAAAAUCAAUUUCUGCUAAUAGAACUUAAGACCCUGAAGAAACAGCAUUUGACAGUUAGUAAAACAGUGCACAUGCUGAACAUAAUCUUUAGCCUGCAACUUCUGGUUACAACAGUUAUGUCUUUUUCGGAAAUCACUUUUGAACUAUACUCCUACGUUGUACGCUGGAAAGAUGGGGUAUUCAUUAGCUUAGAUUGGCAGUUUCUUGACGUACUUUUAGCGUCCAUGACAUAUUACAUUAUGAAAAUAGUGCUACUUGUGUGGGUUUGCGAAACCGCCAAAAAUCAAGCUAAAGAAAUUAGCACCACCAUUCACGGUGUACUUAAUAGCACCAGAGAUGAGCAAAUCAAAGUCGAGUUGCAAUUGUUUUCUUUACAAACACUACAUUGCAAGAACACAUUUUUGACGAAAGGUCUCACUGUGGACGCAACACUUCUCACGGCAAUGGCUGGUAGCGUAACAACAUAUAUGUUGAUUAUGAUACAAUUUUUAAUCACAUCACAUUCUUGUGAUUGA